GAACCGCGAGCGCGUACGGAUCACUCGUUACGGUUACUCCUCGUCAACGUGCAUUCACUACAUUUGCAACCGUAUUAGUGUGUUGUGGCUUAGGCAGUGCAAGUUCUUUUGUUAUUAAUCAUGCGACUUUAUGCGAUCGAACGGGUUUUCUGGGCAUAUCGCGCGGUGCCACACCCGCAAUCACUGCAUUAGGUGAUUUCUAGUCUGUGGGACACUUAGUUCGGUGCUUCCUCAUUGAUUGACUGUGUAGCGUUACGUGAGUCAAAUUUUGAUGUCCAAUCAUUUUUUUUUCGAUUGAAACGAAACACACAUACAUGCAGGUCGUCACGCAAAGUGCAGUUUGGAAGAGCAGUGUAUGAAAGAGAAAGAAAGAAAGCAACAAGUCGAACUGUGAUCGGAGUGGUGUUAGUGCAUGCUGAGAGGGGGAUUGUUUUUGAAAGUUUUGCAACUCUGCAGCGAGGUGUGUUGGUGCUGAAAGAGAAAGAGAGAAAGAGCACUGGUUCAAAACAAAACAGUGCUGCUUCAAUAGUUUGUGACGGAACGCGGAAACUGAUCCGUCGAGAAUGGUAACAGCGGACUGAUCGAGAUCGUAAUUACGUAUACACACCGCAACAGUGAGAGUUCCACAUCGCUUUCUAUCCACAGAUAACGCGAGGAGAAUAUAAUGGCUGAUACCACCACAUCCGCCACUCCUGCACCGGUGCCAAGACCCCGCCAACGAACGAAUAACAAUUCGAGCAGCAGCCCGGCCACAACCGCAGAGGACACGAUCAACAAUAACAACAACAGCAGCAGCCGAGACGUGCCAGACUGUAUCACCACAACUACCACCCAAUCCCUAUACCCAAAGCUCAACUACGAAAAUGUUGAAAUAAUUCAACCGCCGGUGAAGGUACACAACGCCGAUCCGGACGCGAACGCCAAUCCACGACCCAUUCCGGCGCCCCGAAAAACCAGGAUCAUCGUCCACGAGGAGGAGCAGGAGGAUGGUGGUGGCCCCAUUCAGUAUCAGAAUGUGACCCCAAUAAGGCUGCGAUCAACAGCUGCUGCAGGUGCCAUUAAGAAACCUCCUCCCAUUCCACCCAGUCCGAGUCAUAUGCCGAAAUCACCCAGGAGUCCAGGCAUUACGACGGUUCGCAAUGAUCUCCGGGGAAGUGUGAUGGGAGGACCACCAAUGGGGUCUAAAACUCCCUCACCAGGAAUACAUUCCAAGCGGUUCAGCUUCGACGGCGGGGAGAAGCUGCCCGGCCUCGAUCGGAGCGAAUCGGAUGGAGCUUCGGUUGGAAGUGGCGAUAGCGGGAAGAAGUAUAAAACUUCCUCCCCGGGUGAACUCUUCAAAUCGAUUGGCGUCACCUCGAAACUCCUCACCGAAUCCAUCUCCGAACGGGUGACGCUCAAGACGAAGAAGGUCGCCAACAAGCUGGACAAAAACUUCAAGAAUUCCACCAGUUCAAUCGCCAGCUGGGGAUCGGGUGCCUCCAGCAAGCUCAAAACAGUCGGCAAAUCCAUGCACUCAAUGGCGGAGGAUAAGCUUUCGUUGUCGUUGACCCGCAAAAAGGACGCCAAGAGUAAGCGCAGCCACAGCACCGGGAAUGAUGAUGAUUUCCUCGAGCGCAGACAGACCGUCCCACCGGAGAACAGCGAGCUUAUUCGAAACAUUCAGUUUAAUAGUCCGUUGAACAACAAGGUUUCCAACAAUCGGGAUGAUCUCACGCGGGGAUCAUCUUCCUCCUCAACCUAUGAUAUCCCGAAAAAUGCAAAGCGAACGAACUUCGAGGAGCCACCUCCCUACGAGGACACACUGAGCAAGGCUAAAUCGAGCAGCAACGCGAGUUUGGCGUCGGCAUCCUCGUCCUCUACGAAUCCGCCUCCGACGGGAGCCUUCAGACGCGGCUCCGGCCUUAGUCAAAGUUUGUACAGCAAAAUCGUUCCGAAAAAGGAGCGCAAUGGCGGUGCUACGCCCUCGCCGCGACCGCUCAGACAGAAGAUCAAAAGCGAAUCGAACCUGUACGAAUCGAGGUUCUACAUCGAUUCGGUUCGGGAGGUUGACAUCGCCAGCAGCUCGGAGAACAUUCCGCCACCAUCGUUUCCUGCGCCCGUUCUCAAAUCCGAGGAAGACUCCACACCGAAACAGGAGAGUCCCUACGGGAAGCUUAAUAUCAUUCCCCGUCCUCGUCCGGCGAGCAGCUCCUCGGAGGAGGACAACAAUCUGCCGGAACUGCUAAAGCGAGUUCACAUUCGCAAGAAGCCGCAGGAGAGCUACGAGAAUGUGGCGGUCGGGAGCUCCUCGGCUCCCAACUCGCGUCGAGCCACGUGCAAUUCCGUUAAUCGGAUCUUCUCCCGGCGUUCCUCGUCGAUCGACGAGCUUCGGAACAAUCUGAACCUACGGUCGGAUUCGUGGAACUUUUACGAUAUCGGCAACACGGGGGAAGAUGAUGACGGUGAUGACAGUUCCCGGUUGAGCACUCCCGAGCCAACAUAUGCGAACGAGGGAGGUCAGAUUUAUGGACAAAUCUGCGAGAUGGAGUCUUCCCUGUUGAAACCGGAGCCGGCCAAACCGAUGAGGCAUGAUUAUGAUGAAGUCUCGAUCUCGGACAUAAUCGACGAGUUCGAUCCACUUGCCCAGCGACGACGAUCGCUUGCCGCGAUUCUCGAGAAGGGAGGAGGAACCGUGGAUAGCGAGCUUGCGCUGAUCGAGAAUAUCCUCGGUGCCGAAUCGUACGGAAGGCGGGUCAAGCUGGAAUCGUCGGAUGAUAGUUCGACGGCGGAUGAUGCAGCCACUUCUCAGCUGAGCCUACCCAAGCCACCGCAGCGAUCGGAUUCGCUGCUGGAUUCGUCCACCACCGCGACAAAAGACGACGACGAUCCUGGUCCACCGAGCCGCGAUCCGCCUCCGAUCCCUCGGAGAAAGAAAUCCCGUAGUCCCAAACGAUCGAUGAUCAUCCAUCAGAAUCUGAAGCUGCCCUCGGAUAAUGCCUCGGUGGACGAAGCGGUGAUCGAGCCCUAUCUUGCGGUCGUGGAAGAACCAACCGCUAGCCAGGAACCGGUUGACUUCAGUUAUCCGUCCAGCAGCGGCAGCAGCAGCCAGGUUCCCCACACAAGCUGGUUUGUAACGGACGCAGCGUCCGCUCCGGAAGCGAAUAAAUUCCUGAAAAACUCGAAGGUGGACCCUGUGAACGAGAAGGCAAACGAUAGCAAAUCGGUGGAGAAAAUUCAGAAGGAACUCCCCUCCGAGUUGACCUGCAUCAACGAAGACGAUACGUAUCUUCCCUCGUACCUGGAAGCGGUGGGAGGUGGUGACCCGAUGGCAGUGGAUCCCAUGCCGGGCCCAUCAGCUUCGAGCAAAUCGAGCGUCAAGUCCAAACUGAUGAACGCGUUGAAGCGUAAGUCCAGCUUCAAAGCGAAGGGUAGCGAUGUGCGAACCGUUCUGGAGAUGGUACCGAAGCCUCUGCUGACCGAGCGACUCAUCAGUCACCAGGGUCAUGUGCUGAAGUUUCCCUCGGGGGUGAUUGGGGAUGUGUUUAAUGAGUUGACCCCACGGAUGGCCGUGUUGAAGGAGAAGAUCAUCCAGACCUACCAGGAUCCCCAGAAGACCCAGCCUAAGGAGACGCUACACCUGAAGUUCGUUCUGAGUCUGCAAUGUGUGGUGCAGCACAAGUUCAACAACGAGGGAGGAUUGGCACUGCACUGUUUCGAGGUGGUUUUGGCACUGCCCAAGAAGGAGGGUGGAUCCGGGCCGAGUCAGCAGCUUGUCACGAAUCCAAACCUGGUGAUCACGAGCACCAACAGUGGCAACGUGAAGAGCUUGCGGCAGUCGUACAUGUUCGGAGUCCACAAGCGGCUCGAUCGGAACGUGUGGAUGGCGAAGAUCUUGCAGUCCGUGACGGAUGUGUUCCCCGAGAGCUGCCUGACGGAGUUCACACGAGGCGGUUGGUGCUAUAUGAAGAAAUCGGUGUCCUCCGGUUGGAGCGGGGCGUGGCUUCUGUUGGCGAAGAGAAAGUUGUAUUUCUACAGCUCCCAGGAUCAACAACAGUUGGAGCAGGUUGACCUGCGGAAGGCACGCUGCAUCGGCGCGAUCGAGUCGGACGAAACGAUCCGGAAUCUUCACGUUGAAGCCGGUCCUUCGCUGUUUAUCGACUGUCCGCCGUACGCGACGCUGUAUUUCAUCAUGGCUUCCCCUAGAGAAACCCAAAUUUGGAGGAAGAUCGUCCGAGACGUGGCGCACAAAAACGGGAACACCCUCCACAGCCAACAACUCACGAAAAAUGACAUCCCUGUGCUGAUCGACAAGUGUGUCAACUUCAUCUACGCCCACGGUUCCAUGUCGGAAGGAAUCUACCGCAAAUCCGGCUCUUCGACCCAAAUCAGCAAAAUUCUCCAAAUUUUCAAAGAGGACGCCUUCGCCGUCCAGCUGACCCGCGGUGAGUUCAACGAGUACGACGUGGCCGGAGCGUUGAAGAAAUUCAUCCGGGACAUCCCAAACUCGUUCUUCGGAAGCUACUCGAUCAGCUUCGUGAGCAUAACAUCCCUCCAAAGCGCCAAGGAUAAGAUCGAUUCGUACAAGGAGUUGCUCUCGCGGCUACCCAAGAUCGAGUACCAAACGUUGCGCAAGUUGAUCGGUCAUCUGAGCUUUAUCGCAUCGCUCGAGCCCCACAACAAGAUGGGCAUCCCCAAUCUGGCGAUGAUUUGGGGCUCGACGCUGAUGGCGAACUCGGCCCUGAACGCGGAAGCCGAACAAGCCAGCUACUCCCAGGAGGAGGCGGACGUUGUCGCCGACCUGAUCAAGCUGUACAAGAAUCUGUACACCAUCUCGCCGGAGGAGAUCCAAAAGGAACUGCUGAUGUUGAAGGUUCUGCAGAAAUAUCACGCCGCCGCGGAGAACCUCUCCGACACGGUCAAACAUUCCGGUGAUCUCAAGGUUUGGAUAACGAUCGACUGCGAGGGGGAAGGUGAACGGGUGGACAGCGAGGACAGGACCCAAAUCAAUGUGACGGUAACGCCGACAAAAACAGCGUCCGAUAUAUGCAAGGAGCUUGCCGGGAAGACCGGCUACGAGUGGUACAAGUUGACACUGUACGAAGUGAUCGGAGAUGGGUCGCUAACGCGGCCCAUGCAUUACAGCGAGCGAGCGCUGGAAGCUGUGCUGAGGUGGACCUACUGGGAGGACGCUGACCGGCGGACCAACUAUCUCGCCAUCCGUCCGACCACGACGCUGAACGAUGUCUACCGUCACAUCCAGAAGGCCCCCGGUCUUACCCCAACCACGGAGCUCAAGUUCGCCGACCGACGCACGAAAGCCCUACGAACGUACAACCUGCAACUAAUCGGACGCCAUAUUGUUGUGCUGAAGCGCACCGACAAAAAGGACAAGGGAACCUACGAGGAGCUGAUGAAGAUCAACCUGACGAAGGUCCACGCGUACAUUGGGCGCGAGGCGAAGCGCGACCAGACCAGCCUGCGGUGGGCGAUAACACUCAUCGAAAAUGAUUUCAAGAAAAGAACACGAGACUCACCCUUCAUCGGCCACCUGCUGGGGGGAAUCGAUUUCAGUGACCAAAUCCUGUGGUACUCCAGCAUAUUGUAUAGUCUCCACAAGGACGACAUUCUGCCAACUAGCGAUUUGUUUUUCUAAGCUAAUCUUAAACACAAAUACAGCCAUUAGAUAGCCAAUAUCUACCAGUAUAAGAGGAA